AUGGAAUGUUUAGGAGAAGAUGUUUUGUUCGCGAUAUUUUCGUUUUUAGAUGUUAGGGCUUUAUGCUGCGCGAGUCAAGUUUGUCAGCAGUGGAAUCGAAUCUCGAAUUCGAACUUUCUUUGGAGAUCACACGUUAUCCAGCUCUGUACAAAACGCAAGAUCUCAGCUCAUCUGGGGAGAGCUGAAAACUGGAAAGUACGUUAUGUGCAACUUUCUACUGGACGACUAUAUCCUCGUUCUUCGUCGAAGACGGAAAAGAAAUUAAACUUCGAUACUUUGAUUGCUAAUCUAUUUCCUGUAGAGACAGCAAAAUUCGUCCAGUUAACGGUCAAGAAACGGCUUCCAAUUCGUGAUUUUGUUGAAAGCCACGGGCACAAGUAUGUGACUGGGAAAGCAUUUUAUCAGCACACGAAAAGCGAGACGAUUAGCGUGAAAAAGAAAAUUUUGCUUCAAGAAAAACUCAGUGGCCAACUUUUUGAAGGAAAUGCUGUUAGAGAGAUGCUAGGUCUGAACAAGGAAACACCAGAUUGGAAUAUACAUCCGUCCAAUUUUGAUAGACGCAUUGCAGAGUUUUACAGAGUGUUUGUUCAGAGCACUUCAGUAAAUCGCGCGUUAGCAUCCAAUUCCCUGCUACUUUAUGAAAUUAAAUAAUCAAGCCUUUCUUUUUCAAUCACAAAAACAGUCUGGGAGAAAUUGUGCACCGUGUGCCUGCCGUUAUUUUAUAAGUAAAUUAAAUUUUCUUAUCCUGAUAAGCCGGGUCCUCGGUAGUAUAGUGGUGAGUAUCCCCGCCUGUCACGCGGGAGACCGGGGUUCGAUUCCCCGCCGGGGAGGAGCUGAAUUUUUUUUCCCUCUUUAUUUUGACUCGUGCACUUGUGAUAGAUAUUUCCUCCGAAUUUUUUUGUCUUCAAUUAGGUUUUUUUCAGUGGAAGUUAAGAAGUGUGCAUAAAUGUGCUGUAUGGUAAAUGUGAUGUUUUUUUUUAAAUUUUCUUGCAUUCAAAAACUCCAGUGCAAAGGCUACACUCAAUAUGCAUUCAUUGACCAAGUGCUGGAUGUUGGCCAAGUUCUUUUUCUGUUUUCUCUUUUUUUGCACCUUUAUGUACAGAGACUAGUUUAAUAAAAAUGAGAAGAAUAAACAAGGCCAAUGUCCACUUCCUCUUGUAGCCAAUCAGAAGGGACUUCAUCUUAGCCAUAUUACCAUUUAAUAAAUUCACUGACUUCUCAAAAAAAAGGAAAAAACUUUUUGUCUGAUUGGACAUGUAUGACAUGAAAACAUGACUACUGGUGCAUUUAGAUGUUAUUAUAUUAAAAUGGAAAUUAGGAAAUAGAGUAAUUUUAUUUUUCAGUGGACAGAAACCCUUUUUUAGAAUUAUUUCAAGCAUAUUGCAUCCUUUUUUAACACUUUUUGAGGGCUAUAAAAGUUAUAAGUUAUAUGAAAUAACUCCAAAGAAAAGGUUCUCAUGAGAGCCCGAGAAAACAAACUUCAAAAGCUUCAAAUUUCACAAAAUGAAAUCUUACGCAUGAUGAUUUUACCUGUGUUUUCUCAAUUCCUGUGAAAUUUGAAAUUUAUUUUCUCGGAUUUCCAUAAGGAAUUGUGUUUGGCGUUAUUACAGAUGACUAAUUAUAUCUAUAGCCCUUGAAAAGUGUACAAAAAAAGUGAUAUGGCCUAAAAUAUUCUGGUACAAAGUUUUUAUCAGCUGAAAAUUGAAAUUACUCAGUUUCCUGGUGGAUUCUGUCUUAAUUAUUUAUACGCGAUUUUUUUUUCUGAAAAUGUACUUCAAUUUCCUUUUUCUGGUUGAAUUUGAAUUUGGUUUGAAGUAAAAUUGGCUCCUUUCCUCUCCUUCAUCUUAAGCUCCUUUAUAAAAGAUACAUCUAGAAUUAAGCUAGCUUUUAAAAAACCAGGGAAAUUUGCUUUCAAUAGUUACUUUCAAAAUAAAACUCAACAUUGUUAACUUUAUGUGUCAACAAAAGGUAAGAACACACACAAAAAACUAAUUUUCAAUGCUCUCUUUUGACUUAAGAUUUUUAAAGACUGGGCUUCUUGUUGGUUCAGGUGCGGUUUCUAAUUUGAUGUUGGGUGAUUUUAUUCUACUCCCGUUGCGUAGCAUCCUUAGAUAAAAUUAAAUUAUUCCUGAAAAUUCUACGAGUUUUUGACCAGAACUACAAAAAUAUACCGGUUUGUUUACAUUUGUCAGUCCAUGAACACCGUACUUUUUUCCUCCUUGUGAGUACCAGUUCAAAUUACUGACGUGUCAUGACACCAAAUCGAGGUGACGUGACAAAAAUAUCAGUGGUACAAUGAAUACAACAUGGCGGCAGCGCGUGCAACAUUUCUCUCGUUUGCUGUCGGCUUCUCAUUUGGGAUUUUUGUUGUGACUGUAGUGAGUUACUUCAAUGCUGAUAGAAACUCACAGGUCCAGGUCACUAAGUCUCCUCCACUUAACGAAGAUGACGACUUAGACAUCACGCAUAAAAUUGUUCAUCGCGACAGUAACAAGUUCAAGGUUGAAUCACCAGUGGAUUUUGAUGCAGAUCUUAAAGAUCAUCAUCACCAUCUCUCCUUAAAUAAAGAAGCUCUGAAGGAGCAGCAGGAAAUAAGAAUUCUUUGCUGGGUGAUGACGAGUCCAGAAAAUCUUCCUAUCAAAGGAAAACCAGUCAAGGAAACGUGGGGAAAGAGAUGCAAUGUUCUUUUGUUUAUGAGCUCUAAAGAUGAUCCUAGUUUCCCGGCGAUCGGGCUGGAUGUCGGUGAGGGUCGCGAUCAGUUGUGGCGUAAAACCAGAGCAGCUUGGGAUUACGUCUAUGAGCACCACAUAAACGAUGCUGACUGGUUUAUUAAAGCGGACGAUGAUACGUUCGUCAUAAUCGAAAAUCUCCGCCAUCAGGUUUCAAGUCUGGAUUCCGAGAAACCCCACUAUCUAGGAAGAUACUUCAAGCCUUUCGGCGGAUACAACAGUGGCGGAGCUGGUUAUGUGUUCAGCCGAGAAACUUUGCGUAGAUUUAAGACAGCACUCGGUGAUUCCUCUAAAUGCGCUCAACAAUCAUUUGCAGAGGAUGUGGAGGUUGGGAAAUGUCUGAAUGCAAUGUGUGUCAAGCCGGCAUAUACCAGGGAUAAGAGUGGUAGGGAAACCUUCAUGCCGCUUCCCCCGGAACAUCACCUUAUCCCUGGGUAUCUAAACAAAGAUUUCUGGCUUUGGAGUUAUGACAAUAAUCCAUAUAAAGAUGGACCAGAAUGUUGUUCUGAUCAUGCCGUGACUUUUCAUUAUAUUAAUCCCAACAUGAUGUACGUGUUGGAGUAUUUAGUUUACCAUCUUAGACCUUAUGGAAUGAUUCAUGAUGAUCACAGUUCUGAAGGUCUUGGG